CUAGCUUCUCAGGACAUGACGUACUCGAAGCAUUCGUGCAGUAAUCACGGUCGGAGGACGUUUCCGACGACUCGCCUCUUUCUACAUUUCGCGUUUUCGAAAUAAAUAACAGCGAAGCGGGUAGGUGUCGUGAAGCGGUGUGUCGUGUUAAAAAACUGUGUGCGAUCGUAGGCGUUAUGAGUGACAGUUGGUUAAGUCUUAAACAGGGUGUGGGCCACGACGCCAGGAGAAACAUUUAGUGGGAUAGUUCGGAAUCCGAAUAUUCGGAGCCUGAGGACUCAAAUGAGUUACGGGCCAUAGUUAGCCCCGAGAUCUGCGCGAUGGACACUGUGGACAGUGCCAGCAAACGGCAAACUCGUGUCUUCAAGAAGUCCAGUCUCAAUGGGAAGAUCACGGUAUACAUUGGGAAAAGAGAUUUCGUGGAUCACAUAACUCACGUCGAUCCUAUCGACGGGGUCGUGCUGAUUGACCCAGACUACGUGAAGGAUCGCAAGGUCUUUGGCCACGUUCUGGCCGCGUUCAAGUACGGCAGGGAAGACCUGGACGUUCUCGGGUUGACGUUUCACAAGAACCUCUACUUGGCCGCGGAACAAAUUUAUCCCGUGGUACCUGGCGUCCAGCAGAGGAACCUGACGCGGUUGCAGGAGAAACUGAUCAAGAAGCUGGGAAGCAAUGCGUAUCCCUUCUACUUCGAACUUCCGCCACACUGUCCAGCAUCGGUGACGUUGCAAACGGCACCGGGUGACUCCGGGAAACCAUGCGGCAUCGACUACGAAUUAAAAACAUUCGUAGGUGAGACGCCGGACGACAAACCGCAGAAACGAAACUCGGUGCGGCUGGCGAUCCGGAAGAUCAUGUACGCGCCGUCGAAGCAAGGCAAACAGCCUUCCGUCGAGGUGAGCAAAGAGUUCGUGAUGUCGCCGAACAAGCUCCACCUGGAGGUGUCGCUGGACAAGGAGUUGUACUAUCACGGCGAGAAUAUCGCCGUGAACGUGCACAUAGGUAACAACAGCAACCGGACAGUGAAAAAAAUCAAAGUGUCCGUGAGGCAAUUCGCGGACAUUUGUCUGUUCUCCACCGCCCAGUACAAGUGCACGGUCGCCGAGGUAGAGAGCGAUAUAGGGGUAUCGCCAGGAUUCACUCUGAGCAAGGUCUUUUCUCUAAGGCCGACGCUUGCUGACAACAAAGAAAAGCGAGGUCUUGCUCUAGACGGCCAACUUAAGCACGAGGACACCAAUCUCGCAUCUAGCACAAUUGGGGAUCCCUCGCAACGCGAGAACCUCGGGAUAUUCGUCCAGUACAAAGUGAAAGUAAAGCUCUGCCUUGGGACCCUAGCACGCAGCGAAUUAGUAGCGGAACUGCCGUUCAUCUUGAUGCAUCCGAAACCGGAAGAAGAGGAACCAGCGCCACCCACCGCACGGCCCAGUCCGACGCAAACGGCAGAUAGUGGCGAGAUUCCGCUUGACACGAAUCUGAUUGAAUUGGACACGGAUGCUGACGGCGACGACAUAAUCUUCGAGGACUUUGCCCGUCUCAGGCUGAAAGGUGAGACGGAUGCCUGACUACGUGAUUCCAACUCAAUCGACCUGUUCGAAGCAGCUAAAUGUACGAUCUUCCAAAACGCUGCGACGCCGACCAAGGCGAACCAGCUGAUUCUUUAACGCGAUCGAGAAAAAUUGUCUCGCGGGGAAGAGCAAUCGCCAAAAAUCGGGAAUGUUCGUGGACCUCGUCGCGAGGAUCGAUCGCGUCGCUGAUGAAGAGUCCAUCGCACCGUUCGACGGACCGAUCGCUGCUGGAAUAACGUUUCCUUUUCUUUCGAUGCUCGACGAAGGAAUUCGUUCCCGAACCGUGUGGUCAGUUCAUCGUAGAUUUCUAUACGACAUGGUACGACACCUCCGGAAUGGUACUAAUCACCGCACAGAGAGAGAGUAGCACCUCGAGUAGCUCGCCGAUGAAAGAAGCAAAGCUUCGAGUACUUCGAGUCGAUUACAAGCACAAGAAAAGUAUACCUUUACGCUUUGACACGUUUCGUUUGUGACGAGAAACGAUGAGGCAUCAAAGACUGAACAUAUCGUCGAAGGAGGUAAUCCGAUAAAACAACCAAUGACGUAUUUAUUACCGAGUAUAUCGAACGAGAGCGAAAUGCAUCUUUUCCUUUAAAGAUGGAACAGAGUCUUCGACGAGACUAUAAACGCACGUUUCUGUAAUUUUAAUCACACGGCCAGUAUGUAGAAUUCAUCCUAUCAGUCGCAGACACGCUUUAAGUUUACGUUUUAUGCGAGCCGAAAGGAACGCUCGCUUUUGGACUCUUCGGAGAAGGGAAACUGGUUGGUUGCCUUCGUUUCACCAAACGCGUGAAUCCUUUUUCUAUCGUUUCGUUACGAUAAAUUUCCAUUAAGGAAAAUUCUUCCGUUCCCUCUUAGCAUACGCUUUUCGCAACGAGAUUGUUCCUUGCGCCUCUUCGUUUCAUGCUGUUGGAAGGUUACCUAACCUUAGGUUGGAAGGAAUUUCAAAUUAUUGGUGAACAACGAUGAUCGACGACGAUGGCAGCGUUAGUUUCUC